UGUAUUGUACCUUGUCCCCUAGCCGCUAUGUUUAUACUAGUUUGUUUUUGACUUUAUAUCAAAGUUUUUGUUUUUUUUUAAAAAAAAUAUUAUUUUAAAAAAUGAAUUCACAUUUUGAGCUUAAAAAAUUUCAAAUUUACUGCGAAAGCCGCAACUGCAAAAUAUAUCAAAGCGCAUGAUUUGAAGACCUAUGAUGACUUUAUGCUUUUAUCGUUCUCACCGAUCUAUCAUGCAGGUGUUGUGCAGUUUGUGUUUGUAGUAAUUGGAAAUGAUGCUUCGACCCUUGUUGCUUGUAUUUUUACUGCUUAUGUUUGUAAUCACUUCCCAGUUUGAGUGGAAACAACAACUUAUGGUUGAUGUUGAUUCAACUUCCACUAUAUCUCAAAAGCAGCAAAGGUUUUCAAAGGGGGUGGAAAUAGUAAAAGAAAAGAUUAUUUUAGUGCAAGAGAAAAAUAUUCGAAGAUUGAAUGAGGUUGUGAGGCAUCUCCAGCAACAAUUGCAGCAAUGUAGAAGUAGUAAUGAUACAAGAAAUGGCACUGUAAGUCUGUAAGCAUAUACCAGAGACUUCGUGACAUCAAGUUUUAGAGGAUUAUUAAGCGUAGACAGCAAAUAUGUUAAAAAUUGAUAAUCUUUACGCUCUAGUUGUAAAGUCAUUCGCUUAAGUUCAUCGGAAGACAAAUGUUGAAAAAAUUGUCUUCCCCUGUAUAUUAGAAAAUAUUACUAUUAUUAUCUCCAUUUCAAUACAAAAAUCCCACAUCAAUGAAAUGGAAAUUGCAAGGUGUUUUAAGUGUUCAGUUAUAACUUCCAAUAUUUUUUGUUGUUGUGAGGGUCAUUGUGUCACAUUAAUAUCUAAAGCAACCUUUGGCAUGCAUUGUUUAAUGUGAAGAUCUGAAGUUGAUAAUCUAUCAAUUUUUUCUUUCUUUCUAAGUAUGAAGAUUUUAUUUAUAGAAUAGAGCAGUUAAAGAGUAUGAACAAGUUUGUACGAAGAAAAGUAAACAAAAAAGUUAAUAGUUGUUUUUCAUUAGAGUAUAUGGUUGGUGAUUAA